AUGACGUUGCCCAUUGAGCAUUCCUCAAGGCCGACCCUGGGGUUUCCCCUGGGGACUGCUCUCCUGCUCCUUGUGAUCUUUGCCCUGAGUGGCAUGUUCUCAUGCUGCUACCACUGGGACAAGCUCCGCCCCCUCCUCUGGUCUCGGCAUCCUGCCUUGUUCGAGGAGAGCGAGCACACGGCCAUCUCCAUCGCGUCAUCACCGAGCAAGACGACUUCUGAUCACAAGCUGGAGAAAGUGGGGAAAGAGUGCGGUCUGCCCGUUAUUAUGCCUGGGGACAAGGUUCCCAAGUUCUUCGCGAGGCCCUGCCCUCACGAGACGUGUUUGCCUGAGGCACAGAAGGCUGAAGUUCCGUUGGAAACCAAGUGUUUGGAUCAUGAACCGUCUGUUAGUAUCUGUAUACAUGAAAGCACAGUUAGCUGUUAG